AAAGGAGACGGCUGGAUUAAACAGGCAAUAGGCAUCUGUACUAAUCAUGAAUCCAGCAGUACUACUGGUCCUUACUGUUUGCGCCUUUGCUGUCACUCCCGAUUACGCCUUUCGGCUGCGAAACUACGAUAUGGCCAACCACGUCCAAGUUCGCUUCAGGGGAGAUGCAAACAAUAGAAUCCAGUAUCAGAAUUCGAGAGAUGUGCAGAAGUCUCCAUUGAAAAGAAUGUUCCCUUCAUUCAGAAAAAUUUAUAGCGGUUCCGAAUCAGAAACACCUUGGGGUAAACGGGGAGAAGUAGUACUGGACAUGGACGUCCUGGCAGAUUUUGACAAACGUCCCCAAGCGGAGAAUGCUCGGACUGUUUAUUGUACAGCUUUUGAGGCCCCUGUCUGCCGUCUGCUCCGGUUACAUUCGUCCGGUUGACAAUAUCUAAAUUAUUAUUUGGACUUUGACAAAACACACACUGCAAACCAGAAUGUUCUUCACUGUAUCCCUGAGCUUCGGUUGAGGAGAACCAUUUAGCAUGACAGUAUCACGCACAAUAUUAACAGUUUUUCGUGUUAAAUGUGAAACACAUCACUUCCCAGUCAAGAUUUUCAGUGACUGAAAAAACUCUUUUAAAUUAACGGCAAAGUGUGGUUAUAAAUUAUUUGUUUCUUAUUUGUUAACCAAAUACGUACAUACAAUAAAUCUGUAGUUUUCCUUGGAUGCCAUACACAAAGUCGAUGUCAAAUUUGAUUCAGACGAAUGAAUGUGAAAACAACCCAUACAAAAUUCGU